GAUACAAUGUUUACACACACUUUAUUGUGACGUUAAGACAAGGAAAUGCUGUAAACCAAUAACAAGUCAGAAGAAAACGAUACAGAAGUGUUAAGGUCUGAUCUUCAACAAGAAGUAUCCGAGUUCUUUCGAGGUGUACUUUAAUCACAUAGUGAUGGCGUCCAGCUCCCACAUGGUGAACGGGGACGUCUCCCGGGGUCCGAGCUCCCACCCCGGCCACAGCCCCACCACAGGAACCCUGGAGGAAACGCUGCAGCAGAUGAACCGCCUCAUCCAGGAGAACCGAGACCUGAAGGAGGCACUGAAGCAAACCAACGUGUCGAUGAAGGAGCGCUUCGAGGGUUUGUCUGUGUGGAGGGAGAAGCAGAGGGAGGAGAAGGAGUUCCUGGAGGAGAGGCUUGAUGAGGCGCGUGGCCGUGUGGAGGCCCUCUCCUCGCACAACCAGGAGCUUAGCAUGAAGGUGGAGGAGCUGGAGGGUGAAGGGAAGGGACAGGCCGAGACAGCCAAUCAGAAUGCAGAACUGGAGGCGCUGCAUGCCCAGCUGGUGCGUCUGCAGGCAGAGAAGAGUGACCUGGUGGCCAUGAACUCUGAACUCCAGCUCAAGACAGGUCAGGGGUCAGAGGACGACUCCUUCAUAGAGAUCAGGAUUGCUAGAGAUGAUACUGGAAAGUACCUGUAUCAUAAUGAAAGGGACCCCAGGUAUGACAUGAGUGUAUCCAGGCAGGAGUCUGAGGAGCUGACUGUCAGCCAGCUGCUCCAGUCCCUGAGGAAGGAGACCCAGAGGGUGGAGAGGCUACAAAUCGAGCUCCAGGCUACCAGAUCCAGAAUCACAGAGCUGGAGGUGAAAGAAACUAACACGGAGAGCUCCACACAGACCUCACUACUGCCAGAGGUGGUUUCCCCAGCACUAGCCAACACAGCAUGUGGUACUGAGCCAGAACCAGAGGAGGAGCCCCAACAGAACUCUGGGAAGGAGAAGCUUCUUGAUCAGAACUGUCAGUAUGUUGGACUGUUGCCUGUUCUGUGUCAGGCUGCGUCAGAGGUGGAGGAUCUGAAGGCUCAGAUGAUGACUCUGUUUAAUGAGCUACAGCAGGCUCAGAGCAAACUGGAUGAGGCAGAGGGCUUGAAGAUGAACCUGCAGGACAGAUGUAGGGAUGUGGAGCGUGACGUGGUGACUCUGAAAGCCCAGCUGGUAGAGAAGCAGGAGGUACAGAGUGAGAAUGACAGACUGAAGCUGCAGGUGGACAGUAUGAAGGCCCAGAGCCAGCUAGAGCAGAGGAAGGCUGGAGAGGAGAGGACUAACCUGACCCAGCUGAAGGAUGCCUACACCAAGCUAUUCGAGGACUACAAUGAGUUGAAGCAAGAGAGCAAGAACAGAGAGCCACUGGUCACUAAGGAGGUGGGAGACCUGCAGACCAGACUGGACGCAGCAGAGAAGGCCCUGGCUGCUAAGCAACAGCAGAUAGAUGUUAUGAAGCAGGAGAUAUGUCAGAAGGAGAAGGAACUGGAGACCAUCUCUGUGUUCCAGGCUCAGGCGGAGGUGUACUCCUCUGACUUCUACGCGGAGCGAGCAGCUCGGGAGAAGAUUCACGAGGAGAAGGAACGUCUGUUUGCUCAGCUGGAGUUUGUCAAGAAACAGAACACUCAGCUACAGGACGAGAUGGACUCACUGGGCAGGCAAUCUCUGAGCGAUAUGCAGAGAAGACACAUGCCACGUGGAGGCAACAUGCAGGGAGCCAGAGGUGGUGAUGCCAGGGACUGGCAGCAGCAGGGGAAUAUACCGGAGCACGUCUGCCCCAAGUGUAACGAGAUCCUACCAGACCUGGAUAGCCUGCAGAUUCACAUCAUGGACUGCAUCAUCUGAGCCUUCAUGAUAGUCAUCAGCAACAACAAAGACAACUGCCGCAGAUGCACCUUACUCUGAUUCUUCCUCUACUUCAUCAUCCCAUUUAUGGCAGAGUGAAAUGCAGCCUUUAUGCUCUAAAAAGUGCAUUUAUUUUGCAGUUCACGGCUAUGUUGCUCUGGUCUAUGUUUUAGAACAUAUAACUAUAAUAUAAAAUGUAUUCUUACAGUGCACAACUAGACACAUAAUUUUUUUUGUUUAGAGGGGUGAAAAACAUCCUGUAAAAUGUAUCACAUUUAAUAUACUCUUAGGUGAUAAAUGGAGAACUGGAAUUUGUAUUUUUAGUUUGGUAACUCGUUUAUUUUCUUAUGACAGCUGUCUGUCACAUAGUUUAGAAUGAACUCUUUAGCAAGAAACGACUUGGUUUAUUAAAUGCUUAUUAUGGAUUUUCGGGUGGUUUAAUUUAAUCCAGCUGUAACUCAGUUUCGAUGAAGGUUAUGAAUAGAUUAUGAUUACAGCAUAGACAUUUCCUUUUGAAUAAUUCAACAGAGGGAAGGAUGCCCAAGACAGUUUGUUGUUUUUUGUAAAUGUAUAUUGUACAUACAUUUUAUCCAUCAUCAUCAUGGUUUGUACAUUUAGAAUUAAACCUAUGUAGCCUGCAGGAUGUAUGCCUAUGCAAGGGAGUGUACUGUUUUAGCUAACUACUAACUUCUGUAUCCAGAUGGAUUCACAAAUCCUGUGACUCUGUAAAAUAAUUAUGAAAAUAUGUAAUAAAGGUUAUUGGUACAGUA